AUGACGUCUUCAGUAGAGGAUAGAAAACGUAGAUAUAAUAAAUAUAUUUAUCGAGUAGAAGAAACUAGACAAAAAAGUAUAGAGCUAUCACCGAUAGCAGAUAUUUGUGAUCCUGUAAGAUUUUCUGCUGCUGGAUUUUAUUAUACCGGUUAUGGAUCUAAGUUGAAAUGUUUUGAGUGUUGUGUUGAAAUUGACGAAUGGAGUCGAGGUGACAAUCCAUGGCUAGAUCAUCAACGUGCUAAGGCAAGCUGUCGUUUUAUGAGAAAUAUAGCUUGUGGUAAUGUUCCUAGAGGAGUAAGCCCACAACUUAUACCUAUGGAAGGUGAUCCACAUUGUAUACCUACAGAUUUUCGUGCUUCGUAUCGUGUUCCAUCUACUUCAAGAGAAGAAGACCGUACAUUUUAUGCUGAAUUUUAUAUUGAUCUUGAAAUGGAAGAAUAUUCUAAUCCUCCAAUUGAAGAACAUUGUGUUGCUACACCUCCAGCGGAAAAAGAUCUGGUCUCAUAUGAAUCACGAUUAAAUACAUUUUAUUAUUGGCCGAAAUAUAUUUCUCAGACAAAAGAAUCCAUGGCUGAGGCUGGAUUUUUUUAUUCGUCUAUAGGAGAUUAUGUAAUUUGUCAUCAUUGUGGAAAUGGAAUUAAAGAUUGGAAAAAUAAUGAAGAUCCAUGGGAAGAACAUGCUAGAUAUUUUCCGGAAUUGCCAUCAAGUGAAUAUUAA